AUGGUAGACAAAAAGCUGAAGGAAGGAGUCAAGACUGAAAACAACGACCACAUUAAUUUGAAGGUGGCAGGGCAAGAUGGUUCCGUGGUGCAAUUUAAGAUUAAGAGGCACACACCACUUAGUAAACUAACGAAAGCCUAUCGUGAAAGACAGGGUUUGUCAAUGAGGCAGGUCAGAUUCCGAUUUGAUGGGCAACCAAUCAAUGAAACAGACACACCUGCACAGUUGGAAAUGGAGGAUGAAGAUACAAUUGAUAUAUUCCAGCAGCAGACAGGAGGCGCUUACUAAAAAGAAUCUACAACUCUUCUCCAGAACU